AUUAGGGCUGGAAGUGGUCUGUCAUGGAACUAAUAUGCAAUGAUCUGUUGCUUAUUGAAAUUUUGGAUUUGCUUGGCCCAAAAUCGGCCAUUUCCAUCUCUACUCAUCCGCAUGGUUAUUCUCUAAGGCUUUUUCAUUCUUCAAAUUUUCAUGCGAAGGAAAUCUGUUCAAGUUGUGAAAUGUCAUCAAUUGAUGGAACAUAAACUUCAUCUUCGGUCAUCACUGGAAUCAUUGUUACAGGAAAUUGGAAUAUUUUCUUCCACUUCUUUUUCAAAUAAAUCGCUUAUGCAAACCUCCAAAGAAGAUGAGAAGAAACUGUUUGAGACUUUGAGUUACCUAUGUAUCAUGAUGAUUAUGACUUAACAUUGAAGGUUUCAAGAGCAGGAAGAAUAGAGGAGGUCGUGGGUUAGAAGGCAGAAGAAGAUGGAAUGGUCUGGUGUUGGAAUAGAAGAGUAGCUCACCUGAAAUAUAGUAUGGCCAUCCCUAUAUUGGCCUUUUGAAGCAGCUGAGAAACAUCCCUAUGGAUAAGAGUUGGAUUCAUCAAUCAAGAGAGAGUGAUGCAUACUUGGAAGGAGUUGGUCGAUUCCUCGAUUUUGCAUUUGACAAAGCUGCACAGAGGGGGCUUAUCCUUUGCCCAUGUAGAAAAUGCAACAACUGUUAUUGGAAGAAUCGAGAAGAUGUGUAUGAGCAUCUGACAUGUGAUGGUUUUAUGAGGAAUUAUAGCCAUUGGAUUUUCCAUGGGGAAACUUUCUUAACUUCUACAUCUGCUAAUGCCCCACAUUCAGACUCACCACCUCUUACGUACUCUACCAUGAGUAACAAAAAGUCACCUAGGUGCCUGGUGGGUCCUAUGGCCAGGAUUGUUUGUCUGCAGCAAAAAGAUCAGUCAGGUCCUAACCAGCCACAAAGCCAGCAGAUCCAGCAGUCCUCACCAGCCUACAGCCAGCCACUUUACCCACACGAUGAACCUAGCUUGGCCCAGUUGAGUUGUAUCCAGCCAUAUGAAACUCAAUUGCCUCAAGGGAGCUUCAGUGAACCACAUCAGACACAAUCACAACAGUCGAGCUCCAGCCAGCCACCUCAGACCCACUCACCUCAGCAGAGCUCUAGCCAGCUACAUCAGACCCAGGUAAGGUCUAGCUAUCUGGAUCAGUCACUGCCAGCUCCACCACCACCAAGCUCUGGCCAGUCAGAUCUGGCACAGCCAAUGCAGUUAAGCUUCAACAAGCUAGAACAGAUACAGUCAGACCAGCCAAGCUUCAGCCAGCUAAAUCAGAUGCAGCUGGCUCAACUGAAGUCCGGUCAGCCAGGGCAGAUGCAACUGCUCCAGCCUAGCUCCAGUCAGCCAGAUCAGAUGCAGCUGACCCAGCUGAGUUCCAGCCUACUAGAUCAGAAGCAUUUGGCUGAGCCAAGCUCUAAAGAACCACAAGCCUCCCGGCCAUGGAUUGGUGAUGAUACUGGUUCUGCCAGAAAACGAAGGGGUCGAGGUCCUACACGGUGCCUUGAUGUAUGGAACAGUCCUGAGGGUCAGCACAUACGUGUUGCUUUCAACAACCUUGGCCAGCCUAUCGGCCGGAAGGCAGCAAAGCUAAGCAACUUCUUGGGUACUAUAGCACGAGAUGGGCACUUGGCACCCCUUAAUUUUAUUGAUUGGAGGGCUGUGCCAGAUGGAUCCAAGGAGAAGAUGUGGCAGCUUGUUGAGUCAAAGUUUGACAUUGACCCUAUUGGUAAAGAUUGGGUCUUGAAGUCCUUGGGUACGAAAUGGAGGAACUGGAAAGCUGAGUUAAAGGCUGCCCAUUAUGAUACUCACAAGACUGAUGAGGAGCGGCUUGCUGAUUGUGAUAAGAGGGUUGUACCAGAUCAGUGGCCAUUUCUUGUGGCGUAUUGGAGCUCUAAAAAGGGGAAGGCACGUAGUAAUACCAACAGGGCUAAUCGUGUGCAUCUGAGGUUUGGCCAUACUUCUGGCACAAAGAGCUUUGCACGUAUACGUGAAGAGGAGCGGGUGAAGAGGCCUGAUGGGCAGGAGCUAUCUCGGGCAGAGCUUUUUGUAUUGACUCAUACACACAAAGAUGGGCAGCCCAUGGAUGAGGCUUCACUGGAGGCAAUUUCACAACUUCAUGAACAAGCAAGACAGCAAGCUGAGAGCUCACAUGGUAGCAUUGAUUGGGAUUAUGUAUUCUUUCAGGUCAUGGGAGAAGAAAAGCCUGGCCGUCUGCGUACAUAUGGGUUGGGUCCUUCUCCCUCUGAUAUCUAUGGCCCACGACCAACCCGCAGUGAGGCCAUGAAAAUGGUUUCAGAGGCUAAGAAGGCUGCUGAUGAGGAGGUUCGCAUGAUGAAGGAGAAAAUGAAUGCUAUGGAGCAAAAAUAUACUGAGAUGCAAACUCAGAUGACUAUGAUGAUAACGAGAAUGGAGGCUAUGCAUAAGAGGUUCCUUGAUGAGCAGUUGUCUGAUAAUACAGGUGCACCAUCAGAGCCUUUGGGUUCCAGACAGGCUCCUGACACCUCCAGUGCUCAGGAAGCUUUGCAGCAGUCGCAGGCACAUUCCUUAUUAGCAGGUCAUGCAGAUCCAUCUGAUGAGGGACGAGCAGCCAAGAGGGGAAAGGCGCACAGGGUCCUUAGGACAAGGUAAUUUGAUGAAUGCCAAAAUGCCUGCAAUAUUGAGGCAGAAUGAAUUCUUUUGGGCAAUAGAGGGUAGAAAUGAGACUCAAAUUACAGUUAAAGUGCCAGUGGCUAUCUGUUCAAAAACAAUUGGAGAUGUUACUGGAGCAAUUUGUCGCGUGACCUUCUUGUGGCUCAUUGAUGUUGCAGUCGUCAUAUGUUUACUUAGACUUGCACAAAAUCAAUUCCCGAUUUGAAUGUAAAUGCUUCUUCCAAUCGGAAUUUGUAUCAAACUGCUAGCAAAUUGUGACUUGGGCAGCCUAUUUAGAUGUAUGCAUAUAUAUCCUAGUGAUAUCAAGAGUUUUGCAAUAA